AUGUACAAUCACUUCCAUUAUAAUCGCCAUUACCACCACCGCCUCCACAGAUCUUUCCACCACCGUCGCUUCCACCAGUGUGCAGGAACUCCUAUGGCCAUCACGCCCCUCUGCAUCGGUGGGAUUGAAAUUAACGAUGAAGAAGGAAUGGUGAGUCUUUUCCAAAUCCCAAGCAAACAAGUGAUGAGACAGAUAAUUCUUUACAUUGUUAGUGAUUGCAAAAUGUAUUGGCAAAACAACGGGGAAUAUCUUGCUGUUAAGGUUGAGCGUUACACAAAAACCAAAAAAAGCACAUACACUGGAUUUGAGCUUUUCAGAAUCAAAGAAGGAGACAUACCCAUUGAUGCUUUUGAGCUUGACAACAAUACUGACAAAGUUAUUUCAUUUGCAUGGGAACCCAAGGGUCAGAGAUUUGCUGUUAUACAUGGUAGUGGUCAAUUUUAUUCAACGGGGUUUGAUGUUAGUUUUUACACUGUGAAAGGGGGUAAAGGGUCAAAGCUCAAAACCCUUAACCAAAAACAGGCAGAUGCUCUAUUUUGGUCGCCUGGUGGGCGUUUUAUUGUUUUGGGUGGAUUGAGGAAGGGGUUUAAUGGACAAUUGGAGUUUUAUGAUGUGGAUGAGCUUAAAACUACGGCUACUGCUGAGCAAUUUAUGGCAACAGACAUUCAAUGGGAUCCUAGUGGGAGGUAUGUUGCGACAUCGGUUACUUCAGUGCAUCAUGAGAUGGAAAAUGGGUUCACCAUAUGGUCCUUUUAUGGGAAGCUACUUUAUCGCAUUCUAAAGGAUCAUUUCUUUCAGUUUUUGUGGAGACCAAGGUGGCAAUUCUUGAGUCCUGAGAAAGAGGAAGAAAUCGCAAGGAAUCUGAAAGAAUACAGCAAACAAUAUGACAUAGAAGAUGAUGAAAUUUCGGUGUUAUUGAGGGAGCAGGAUCAUGAGAAGAGGAAGGAGUUGAAGGAGGAAUGGGGAAGGUGGGUGAAGGAGUGGAAUAGAAUGCAUGAACAAGAGAAGAUGGAGAGGCAAAUGCUAAUUAGGGAUGAUGCUGAAGCUACUAAUGUUGAAGAAGAGGAAUAUGAUGAAGUUGAACAACUAUUGGAUGUUUCUGAAGAAAUCUUGGAUGUGUUUCCCUAA